CUGAUAGGUGGCGCUGAUUGGCAGCACUGAUAGGUGGCACUGAUUGGCAUUGAUAGGUGGCAUUGAUGUGGCACUGAUGGGCACUGGCACGAGGCACUGAUGAGCACUGACACAAGGCACUGAUGGACACUGACAGGUGGCACUGCUGGGGCUACACUGAUCAUCAGGGCACACUGAUCAUCACUGUCAGCGUGACAGCUCGAGAGGAGAGAAAUGCCGAUAACCGGCAUUUCCCUGUUUACAUGUGAUCAGCUGUGAUUGGACACAGCUGAU